AGAAAAUAACUUGAGGUUCUUACUAAAUAGAACACAUACUGAUGAUACAAGAGUAGCUUAUCUGCAACAGCCACACUGUGACACUGUUACAGUCGCAGAUGGAGAAGGUGGUAUCCGUUACCGGCGGGGGCGGCUGCAUUGGUUCAUGCCUCGUCCAUCUCCUUUUAGAUCGCGGCUACACCGUUCACGCCACCGUCCAAAAUCUCAACGAUGAAGCCGAGACCAAGCAUCUUCAAUCCCUUGACGGAGCCUCCACCCGCCUCCGCCUCUUCCAGAUGGAUCUCCUCCGCCCCGACUCCGCCCUCGCCGCCUUCCGCGGCUGCACCGGCGUCUUCCACCUCGCCUCUCCCUGCAUUGUCGACCAAGUCCACGACCCCGAGAAGGAGCUUCUGGACCCGGCGAUCAAGGGAACCCUGAACGUGCUUGCGGCGGCGAAGGAAGCAGGGGUGCGGCGCGUGGUGCUCACGUCCUCCAUCUCCGCGAUUACGCCGAGUCCCAAUUGGCCCAGCGAUGUUGCCAAGACGGAGGAGUGCUGGACCGAUGUUGAAUAUUGCAAGCAAAAGGGGUUGUGGUAUCCUUUGUCGAAGACUUUGGCUGAGAAAGCGGCUUGGGAUUUUUCCAAGGAGCAUGGGUUGGAUGUUGUGGUGGUGAAUCCUGGGACUGUGAUGGGUCCUGUUAUUCCUCCGAGGCUUAAUGCGAGCAUGAUCAUGCUCGUGCGCCUUCUUCAAGGCUGUACUGAAAUGUAUGAGGACUUUUUUAUGGGAUCGGUCCACUUUAAGGAUGUAGCAUUGGCCCAUAUUUUGGUGUAUGAGAACCAAUCAGCGGCUGGUAGGCAUUUGUGUGUUGAAGCUAUCUCUCACUAUGGUGACUUUGUGGCGAAAGUUGCUGAACUUUAUCCCGAGUAUAAUGUGCCUAGGAUUCAACGAGAUACCCAGCCGGGAUUAUUGAGAGUCAAGGAUGGGUCAAAGAAACUUAUUGAUUUGGGUUUGCAAUUCAUUCCAAUGGAGAAGAUUAUUAAGGAUGCUGUAGAGGAUUUGAAGAGCAAAGGGUUCCUUUCUUAAAUGCUAAUGCUGCUGUUACUUGUAACCAGAGUACUGAUGGGUGAUGUUUGCAUUAUGAAUACUUAUGGCACAUGAGUUGAGCCUGUAUAAUCUUUUUUCCUCGAUGCCUAUUGCAAAAUGAUUCUCACACGAUAUGUAUUGUCAAUAUGAUACUUUCUAGGUUUUUAUAAUAAACUUUUUCAUUAA